AUGUCUUCAACUAACGAUCUUCUUGUCAAUAAAAUUUUCGAUGUCAAGGGCAAGGUUGCUCUUGUAUCAGGGGGUGGAAGUGGAAUCGGGCUUAUGGCAACCCAAGCCCUUGCCGCCAAUGGAGCCAAAGUCUAUAUUGUUGGUCGAACGGAAGAAAAGCUUGACACAGUUGUGAAGGCACAUGGUCAAGAAAUUGCCGGAAAAAUUCUUCCUAUCUCCGCUGACAUUACCAAUAAAAGCGAUAUAAGCAAAUUAGUUGAAAUUAUUGAAAGUAAAGAGGGCCAUCUUGAUAUCCUUAUUAACAAUGCAGGCAUUGCUGGCAACUGUCAGGACUCAAGUGCCGAGACUGCGGACGAAAUGAAAAAGAAUCUUUAUGAUGAUGAGGGGAACUCAUUUGAAGAUUGGUGCAACACUUACCGAACUAACGUAGCCCAACUUUUCUUCAUGACUAUGGCGUUUCUUCCAUUACUACAAAAGGCAACUGAGUUACAGCACGGUUAUUCUGCUACCGUCAUCAAUAUUUCGUCCAUAUCUGGCAUUAUUCAAUUAUCACAAGGUCAUUUCAGUUAUAACGCUAGCAAAGGCGCUUCCAUUCACCUCAAUAAAAUGUUGGCUUCAGAAAUUUCAAGAAAUAACUUGAAGGUCAGAGUAAAUAGUAUAGCUCCUGGAGUUUUUCCCAGCGAAAUGACUACGAAUGGGAGUGGGCCAGAUCAGAAGUCCUACAUUGAGAAGGAAAAAUAUCACAUGAUUGCUUCUCGCCGACCUGGAAAAGAUGAAGAUAUGGCUAGUGUUGUACUUUUUGCUGCCACAAAUCAAUAUCUUAACGGAGUGACUAUUCCUGUUGAUGGAGGCUAUAUCUUACACGCCGGUGCCUAG